CAGCAGCAGACCUGGCCUUCAAGGAUGAUUUUAUUCAGCCACGUGGGUUAUCUCAUUUCCUUGUUUGCUACAGUUUCCUGUGUCUAGCGUAGCGUCCAGAGUUCUUCCUGAGAAACCAUCUCCAAGUAUUGGUUCACACGGUUCUGGAGAUGAUGCUUCUGCCGUUGAUGCUCUGGCUUCUAGAAGGAGGCUCAGAUUUAUUUUUAUUUCCAAGUCAACUUGAGCUUCUGGUACCGCCUUGCUGCCAUCGUGCAUCUUGAGACCAAGCCAGCAGCAAGCAAUAGAGUAACUCACUGCUGACACAUUGUGCGCUGAUGCAGCCACUGAGCACUGUGGUGUCUGACUCAACUGUACAAAAAUACCUUCUUCAGAGGAGGGGAUGUAGCUGCUAUCUACACCCCAGAUGCCGGGUACUGCCAGAAGAUGUGCACGUUCCAUCCCAGGUGCUUGUUGUUCAGCUUCCUCUCAGUGAGUCCUGCCAGAGGGCCAGAUAAAAGGUUUGGUUGCUUCAUGAAAGAGAGCAUCACAGGGACCUUGCCGAGGUUACAGUGGACAGGUGCGGUUUCUGGUCAUUCUUUAAAGCAGUGUGGCCAUCAAAUAAGCGCUUGCCACCAAGACUUAUACGAAGGACUUGAUAUGAGAGGGUCCAACUUUAAUAUAUCUAAGGCUGGUAGUGUUGAAGAAUGCCAGAAACUGUGCACAGAUAAUAUUCACUGCCAAUUUUUCACAUAUGCUACAAGUGCCUUUCAUAGACCAGAGUACAGGAACAGCUGCCUCUUGAAACACAGUUCAGGCGGAACACCCACCAGCAUAAGGACGCAGGACCACCUGGUGUCUGGAUUCUCACUGAAGUCCUGUGCGCUCUCAGAGAUCGGCUGCCCCAUGGAUAUUUUCCAGCACUUCGCCUUUGCAGGCCUAGAUGUGGGCCAGGUCGUCACCCCCGAUGCUUUUGUGUGUCGCACCGUCUGCACCUUCCAUCCCAACUGCCUUUUCUUCACUUUCUAUACGAAUGAGUGGAAGACAGAAUCACAGAGAAAUGUUUGUUUUCUUAAGACAUCUAAAAGUGGAACACCAGGUCCCUCGAUUCCUCAAGAAAAUGCUGUGUCUGGAUUCAGUCUCUUCACCUGCAGAAAAGCUCGCCCUGAACCUUGCCAUUCCAAGAUUUACUCUGGACUUGACUUUGGAGGCGAAGAACUGAGUGUGACCUUUGUGCAAGGACCAGAUGUGUGCCAAGAGAGGUGUACAGAGGCCAUUCGUUGUCAGUUCUUCACUUACUCCUUACGCCCCCAAGACUGCAAGGUAGACAGGUGUAAAUGUUCCUUAAGGUUAUCCGUGGAUGGCUCCCCAACUAAGAUCACCCAUGGGGCCCAGGGGAGCUCUGGUUAUUCUCUGAGACUGUGCAAAGUCGUGGACAGCUCUAUCUGCACGACAAAAACAAACACCCGCAUUGUGGGAGGAACAAAUUCUUCUUUAGGGGAGUGGCCGUGGCAGGUCAGCCUGCAAGUGAAGAUGGUGUCUCAGAAUCAUUUGUGUGGAGGGACCAUCAUUGGAAGCCAAUGGAUAGUGACGGCUGCCCAUUGCUUUGAUGCGAUUCCUUAUCCAGAUGUGUGGCGUAUUUAUGGUGGGAUUCUUAAUCUGUCAGAGGUUACGAGAGAAACGCCUUUCUCGAAAAUAAAGGAACUUAUUAUUCAUCAGAACUACAAAAUCUACGAAGGCAAUUAUGAUAUUGCCUUAAUAAGGCUUCAGGCGCCCUUGAAUUAUACCGAAUUCCAAAAACCAAUAUGCCUGCCUUCCAAAGCUGACGCAAAUACAAUUUACACCAACUGCUGGGUGACUGGAUGGGGCUACACGAAGGAAAGAGGUGAAAUCGAAAAUACUCUACAAAAGGCAACUAUUCCUUUGGUACCAAAUAAAGAAUGUCAGAAAAAAUACAGAGAUUAUGUUAUAACCAAGCAGAUGAUCUGUGCUGGCUACAAAGAAGGCGGGACAGAUGCUUGUAAGGGAGAUUCCGGUGGCCCCUUAGUUUGUAAACACAAUGGAAGGUGGCAGUUGGUGGGCAUCACCAGCUGGGGUGAAGGCUGUGCUCGCAGGGAUCAGCCGGGAGUCUACACCAAAGUUGCUGAGUACAUGGACUGGAUAUUGGAGAAGACGCAGAGCAGCGAUGGAAGCACUCUGGAGAUACUUCCAGCAUGAGGAGACUGUAGAGCAAAGAGCCCAGCAGGCACCAGCUUUACCUCCUGGUGUCAGGCCAAGCUUAGAGCCCCAGAAUUCUCUCCAAAAUGUAAAUGAUGAUGUCUACCUCACAUCCUUGUCAUGGGAUUAAAAACACAAGACAGUG